AUGCAUUUCCUUGUGCUAGGAGCCACAGGAGCCAUCGGAAGCCAAUUUUGCGCCCUUGCGCUGAACAAAGGACAUCGCCUAAGUCUACUAGUCCGCAAUCCCAGCAACCUGCCACAAACCCUCGUACAAAGUCCAGUCGUGGAGGUCAUUGAAGGCACUCUAGAGAAGGAAACAGUUCUGGACCGUGCCGCGAGCUGUGGUGCCAGCAUCUUUGUCUCAUUCGCUGGACCUUCGAUCGGGACGAAGGGAGCGCCCCUGACAUUAGGGUAUAAAGCCUUAGUUCCAAAGCUGAUAGACCACGACUUCAAGCGCAUUCUCAUCCUGUGCACUCCGUCCUACCACGACCCCCUGGAUACUAUAACGUUCAAAUGGUGGCUGGGGGCAUGUUUUAUGAGCCUAUUCAGCGCUGGGCAGUAUCGAGAGAUGGUCGGCGUAGGGGGGUAUAUAGCGUCAUUGUCUGUUGACAAGACUGUGCAGUGGACCUUGUUCCGGGUUGGUGGACUGACAGACGCAGAAGAGGCACCGGUCAAGGCGACAUUCCUGGGAAGCGGUGAUGAUGGCACAUGGAUCAGUCGGCAGAGUGUUGCAACGUGGGUCCUAGAUGAAAUUGAUCGGGAAAGAUGGCUUGGGAAGGCGCCUUAUAUCUGCGUGCCCAUACUAAAUCCCGUCACGGCUGCGAGCGAUGCAAAAGACGCAGAAUCAAAUGCGAUGAAGCUGGCCCUCCUUGCGGCCACUGCGCCGCCCGAAAAGCCGAUUGUCGACCCGGCGUUGGCAUCUGAGGCAUCGCAUAGCACAUUGCCUACCGUGCCCAAAGGGCGCAUGAGAGAGCUACAGUUGAUGCAUGUCUGGUCCAUGAAAACCUGCCACAGCUUUUCCUCGAACCUUAGCGGUGUCUUCCAAUCCUUCGUGGUGGAACAGGCUUUCCACUAUCCGUUUCUCAUGGACUCACUGCUGGCACUGACUGCACUACACAUAGCCAGUGGAACUAGCAGCCACAACGACAACAAAGUGAACAAUAAUCAUGGUCCCCUGAACUCAGCCAUUGUCUCAGAGUACAUCGAUGAUGCACUUCAUUACCAAAACAGUGCCGUUCCUGCUUUUUGCGCUACACUAGAGAACACCUCACCAUCAAAUUGCGAUGCCCUUUUCGCAUGCUCAGUGAUCAUGAUGGCUGGCGCAGUUGUUGCUCCUUUCAUUGACAGCCGUCGCGGAAACGCGAUAGAGAAGUUAACUUCUCCAUUCCAUUUCAUCAAGGGGAUACAUUCUGUCAUUGAUAAAUCCCGGCCAUGGCUGGCCCAGGGGCCCUUUCAAUUUGCAAUCUUAACGCAUUCUGAUGAUGAAUGGCAGUCAUUCCAGCAAGAUAGCGAGGUCUUUAAUCGAUUGCGCAAACUAUGUUUCCAUAAAGAUCCGGCUAUACGGAACAUCCUUGACCGUGCCAUCACACUCUUAGGAAACUGCUUUGCGAAAGGCGAAACGAUGUCGAUUCCGUGGAUCGUGGUUGUUGGGGAGGAUUUCGUGGAUCUCGUACAACAAGAGGAACCCAUGGCCUUAUUGAUAUACAUGUAUUGGGGUGUCUUGCUUAGUCGUUUGAAGGACGUUUGGUGGGCAACACUAGCAGGGAGGAGAAUUGCAGGGGGUUUGGCAAAGGAACUCGCCCGGAACAAUGAGUGGACUAGAGCUAUACAAUGGGCAACGGAGCAGGUAGGCAUAGGCAAAGAGAACCUAACAUAA